AGAAGAAGAAGGGAAAAAAAAAUUAAUUGGGCGGGGAAUUGAUACAGAAAGCAGACCUGCCGAAGGUUGAGAGUCCAUUUUCUCAGAGCAAGAAAAACGGUUUUCGCUCUUAAGCCAUCUUCCAUGGCUUAUGAGAGAUUUAGACUUUGUAGCGACCUACUCCGUUCGAACUCUACUAAUUUCUUCAACUCUUGCCCAUGGAAGAUUCUCCAUUCUUGCUGUAAUUUCACUGUUCUUUACCAAAUCAACAUAUGCCUUCUCUGUUUCUUCAAGCAAUUCCCUCUCCCUCUCUCUCCCUUUGUCUUUAUAAUCUUCAUUUUUCCCAUUCCGUCUCUCAACCUAAUUUCUAAGAAACCCCUUGUCCUUUCAACAACCUCCCUUUCGACGUCCCAACCAUUUGCUUUCCUAGUUCUUCAAAUACACUCUGCUCUUUGUCCGCUUCUUCACUGGAAAACCCAAAAUCCAUUUGGGUUUUUGCUUCUUUCAUUACUCCAACCCUCUGAUUUGGGUUCUUGAAGUCGGCGAUGAUGAAGCUCUGCUUUUGGGUUUUCGCUAUUUUUUUGGUUUCGAGGAUUGCCGCUGUCCCCAAUGCUGUCCCCACUGAACGAAUUUCAGGAAGUGCUGGGGAUGUGUUAGAAGAUAACCCAGUUGGAAGAUUGAAAGUGUAUGUUUAUGAUCUUCCAAGCAAAUACAAUAAAAAGACUCUUCAAAAGGAUCCAAGAUGUCUCACUCAUAUGUUUGCUGCUGAGAUAUACAUGCAUAGGUUCUUGUUGAAUAGUCCUGUCAGAACACUCAAUCCCGACGAAGCUGAUUGGUUUUAUACUCCAAUUUAUGUCACCUGUGAUCUCACCCCCAAUGGCUUGCCAUUGCCCUUCAAAUCCCCACGAAUGAUGCGAAGCGCCAUUCAGCUGAUCUCUUCCAAUUGGCCUUAUUGGAAUAGAACCGAAGGCGCUGAUCACUUCUUUGUUGUGCCUCAUGACUUUGGUGCCUGCUUUCAUUAUCAGGAAGAGAAGGCUAUUGAUCGUGGAAUUCUUCCCUUACUCCAGCGUGCAACUUUAGUUCAAACUUUUGGACAAAGGCACCAUGUUUGCUUGAAUGAGGGUUCCAUCACUAUUCCUCCAUAUUGUCCUCCGCACAAAAUGAAAACCCACCUGAUUCCCCCCGAAACUCCACGUUCUAUCUUCGUCUAUUUCCGGGGAUUGUUUUAUGAUGUUAAUAAUGACCCAGAAGGUGGUUAUUAUGCAAGAGGUGCAAGAGCAGCAGUGUGGGAAAACUUUAAAAAUAAUCCUCUCUUCGACAUCUCUACCGACCAUCCAACGACAUAUUAUGAAGAUAUGCAGCGGGCGAUAUUCUGUUUAUGUCCUCUUGGGUGGGCACCGUGGAGUCCAAGGCUGGUGGAAGCGGUGGUGUUUGGUUGUAUCCCAGUUAUCAUAGCCGAUGACAUUGUCUUGCCUUUCGCCGAUGCUAUUCCAUGGGAAGAAAUUGGUGUGUUUGUAGACGAAAAAGACGUGUCCAACCUCGACACAAUCCUUACAUCAAUACCACCCGAUGUAAUAUUGAGGAAGCAAAGACUGCUGGCAAAUCCAUCAAUGAAACGAGCAAUGAUGUUCCCUCAACCAGCUCAAUCCGGUGAUGCUUUCCAUCAGAUUCUGAACGGUUUGGCUCGAAAAUUGCCACACGAUAAAGGUAUCUACUUGAAGCCUGGUGAGAGAAUUUUGAAUUGGACUGCAGGACCUGUUGGGGACCUGAAGCCUUGGUAGAUAAAUAUUUCAACUUUUUGGCUGUUGUGUUUGUCAUUCAUACAAAAUGUAUCAAGUAGAAAAGCUUUACCUAAAGUUUUGAUUCAUUCUGGGUACAUAGCUUUUCAUGUGUCUCUAGUUUUGUGGUAUAUCCCAAACCAUUUGAUGAAAAAUAUUGAAAAAAAAAGUAUAAGAAUCCCUGCUGAAUAUUCAACGCAUUGUGGUGUCCUCCAAGCCCAAAAGGACAAGCAUAGCCCAAUCAGUACCUAAAAUUUUUUCAAA